AUGUCAACCGAUGUUCUGGCAAUAUUUUCUAUAUUUGCUAUAGUGGUGGAGAGUCCUGGCCUAGUGGCGGAGAGUCCUGGCCUAGUGGCGGAGAGUCCUGGCCUAGUGGCGGAGAGUCCUGGCCUAGUGGCGGAGAGUCCUGGCCUAGUGGCGGAGAGUCCUGGCCUAGUGGGGGAGAGUCCUGGCCUAGUGGGGGAGAGUCCUGGCCUAGUGGGGGAGAGUCCUGGCCUAGUGGGGGAGAGUCCUGGCCUAGUGGCGGAGAGUCCUGGCCUAGUGGCGGAGAGUCCUGGCCUAGUGGGGGAGAGUCCUGGCCUAGUGGGGGAGAGUCCUGGCCUAGUGGGGGAGAGUCCUGGCCUAGUGGCGGAGAGUCCUGGCCUAGUGGCGGAGAGUCCUGGCCUAGUGGGGGAGAGUCCUGGCCUAGUGGGGGAGAGUCCUGGCCUAGUGGGGGAGAGUCCUGGCCUAGUGGGGGAGAGUCCUGGCCUAGUGGCGGAGAGUCCUGGCCUAGUGGCGGAGAGUCCUGGCCUAGUGGGGGAGAGUCCUGGCCUAGUGGGGAAGAGUCCUGGCCUAGUGGCGGAGAGUCCUGGCCUAGUGGCGGAGAGUCCUGGCCUAGUGGCGGAGAGUCCUGGCCUAGUGGCGGAGAGUCCUGGCCUAGUGGCGGAGAGUCCUGGCCUAGUGGCGGAGAGUCCUGGCCUAGUGGCGGAGAGUCCUGGCCUAGUGGCGGAGAGUCCUGGCCUAGUGGCGGAGAGUCCUGGCCUAGUGGCGGAGAGUCCUGGCAAUUGA